UCAUCGUAUGGCGUCUGACGGCGUCACUAUCGUCGUAUUGGAUAGUCGCAGUGCGAAAUUUUCAAACAUAAAUGAAAAGUGAGGCGUGGUAAAAUGUCGAAGAACAAGAAAGAUGAAACCGAGCUUGAGUUGGACGACAUCUUAAGUGAAUCCACAACAAACUCGCAUAAACUUGCCGCAUUCUUGCAGCGCAAGGCAGCGGAAGCCCAAAAGCCCAGGCCCAACCUCGUCUUUGCGAACUUCUCCUAUGACCUGGACUUUGAUGUUCCGCUCAGGAAGAAGCCUCAAAAAGGUACACAGGAGAACCAAUUGAAACCUUUGCAAGGGUUGGGUGCAGCAGCGUCAGAGCACCCCGCCUCAGACGUGCCACAGUCGCCUCCCAACUUGCCAUCGCAUGAGAAUGUUCCGCCUCUGUCAGCCAGACAUUCGCCUUCACCCGCCCAUUGGCGUCCUCCCAGACGUAGUGGCACUAGCGGCCAUGUUCCUGGCUCUGAUAAGCUGCGACGCCAUGCUAUACAGCGGCGCUCGCGGAGCUGCGGGCGUCGCCAACUCUUGCAGGACUUUAAUGAUGCAGCUAAUCUAACUCGGAGCUCCUCGAGCCCAUUUCCCUUUGUGCCAGAAAUAAGCAGCACUCCAAAUUGUUCUGACAAACUUCCUGAGAAUCAACCAGCGUCACAGCCACGGCCACAGCCAGUGUCGGAGCCACAGCCGAUGAAUGGACCAAUAAAUGGUCUGGGUUCAGACUUUGCAGCUGAGAUUGCUGAAAUAUGUGGGCAACGGCUGGCUAUGUUUGAAAAUAGUAUGCUGCAGAUGAGCCAAAAGGCAGAAGUACGAUCCUCACUGCCAGGAUCACGUCCAUUGACUCCCUCUGAGAGGCAUCGUACUUACACGAUCGAGAAGAGACCAAUGACUGAGAAACUGCAGCAAUCGCGAUCGUCGCCAAAUACUUCACACUCUAAAUCGCCAUUGGUGCGUUUGAGACGACUUGAGAAUAGUAUGCCACCAGAUACCCCGAACUGUCUGCACCAAUCUGAACGGGAAUCGGCACCGGUGGAGGAUUGUUUUGUACCGGAAACACAGCCCCAGCAGAUCCAGCAGCUAGCCGAAAUUGUGCAAAAUCUAUCUAGGAGUAACAGCGUGCUAGUUAUACCAAUGGGUGGGGCCUUUGGUCCCAAGCCAGAUGCGGCAGAGCCUUUGCCACAACCACAAUCGCCGGCUGCAUCAGCAACAGAAGCAGCAGCAGAAGAGGAAGCAGCAGCAUCUCCAACAGUAUCUGCUGGUACUCCGAAAUCGUGUGCGCCAGCAGUAUCUGCUGGUACUACUUCCAAAUCAUCAAAGUCGAAGCCACUUUCCCAUAACAAAACACCUCAGGUUGUUGAUGACUUGGACGCAAUCAUGACCGACGAUGAAUGCGAUGAACAGCCAAGCGGGUGUGCAUUGAACCUGGCGCCGGCCGGUGGUAACACUAGCAGGCGGAGUCGAAGGCGCACGCGAAACAGUCGAAAGCCCUCGGAUGACCAGGAAAGUUCCAUUAAAUUGCUUAACCUCCACCGCUCCAAUGCAUCAAGCAAGAGGAAGCCCAAGGGCGCCAAUGCUCCCAUCUUGAAUAAGGCGCCCUGUACCGCAAUCAAUGGUGAGGCGUUUGCCAAGGAGCUGGAACGUAUGAGCAAUCAUGAGAUUCUUGAUUUGCGUAAGAGAAACUCCCUCGGCAUGGUUUACCCGCUGAAUGGGAAAAGAAAGCAUAGUGCAGAGCAGCAAAAGGCUCUGGAGCAGCAAAUUCACUGGGAGCUACUGCAAAGGAAUCUGGAAGUUGAAACGGAAACAGAAACAGAAACAGAAACCGAGUCGUCCAGAUCUGUAUCUGCAGAGCGCGAAGAAAGGGAUGGUAGGGAGGAGGUGAUGACUAUGCCUCCGCCAGCACCAGUCGCCUUUAAAGACAAUUCAAAAGAGGUGCAGAACGUUCGCAUACGUUCCAGACGUCGAGAGGCUCCAAUGACCACAGAGCUGGUCAACUACAUGGAGCUCUCAAAAACCAUGGAUCAACGUCGAAAUCAACCGAGUAACUCGUCCAAACGCAGCCUUUACACCAAGGGUGACUCGUUCCAAGAAGAUGACGACUCGGUGUUGCCGAAGAAGCAGUCAAGGCUGAGUCAAACCCGCCUGGGAUCUACUCUUGGUCGUGCCAGGAGCAAGGAAAGCCAUGCCGUCGUUGAGGCGGACAUUUGCAUUGUACCACCGCCACCUCGUUCACUACGAUAUUCGCAAUGUGUGCGGGAUUUAAAUAGGCUGAGGGCAACCCCGCAGGAUUCGAAUGAUGAAGACACUCCCCUCUGCCAUUCGAAGGGGCAGAGUAAUAAUUUAAACGCAAUUGCUUCCCCUCCACCAGAGUUUAAUGACAAUAAUGAUAAUGAAGUGGAUGGGGCAGAUUGCUCUUCUUCGGGGCAAGCCCAACAUCGGCUCUCCAAAUCGCCACUUCCUCCAGUGGAAAGGUCGGAUGACCAGGCAGUGCAGAAAGUCAACAAGAAUAGACGGAGUAGACAGAGCAGACAUCAUAAAGUUAAUCCACCCUCCCCAGAGAAAAAGACGACAACGGACAUGCACAGGGAAGACCUGGCCAUCGUUUCUUCUUCAGUGCCAGGCACCACUUCCAUAACAGAUGAUCAGCCCAGCACGAGUCGGGCCGCACUGGACGCACUGGCACGUAGAGCCAAUGAUCCUGAUCCUGAUCCUGAUCCUGAGCCUGAACCUGAGGCCGAGGCUGAGCCCGAGGCUGAUGCCAGACCAGUUGUGGAGGAGGAAGCGGUGGUGUUUAAGAAACCCACGGCGAGGGCACCGCGUACAAAAUCAAAGGCAAAAUCAAAGGCAAACUCAAAGGCAAACAGGGAGCUGGAAAAUUUAAAGGUCUCUUUGAUGCAUGACGAUGUGGAAGUGGACUCCAAUGAGACUGGCAAUCGGCGGUCAAAGCGUGGUCAGGUACCACUGAAAAACACUUGGUGCCAUACCAUGGAUCCCAUGGAGUUUGACUUCGUUCGCAAAUCGGUGGAGACAUAUGAUAGGAAAAAGACCAAACCAUCGUCGAAGCAGUCCAGUAUGUCGAAACUGUCCAAAAUGUCUUUGUUGAAAAGGCCCCCGCUGUGCAGUAGCACCCCGAGAAUUUCAGAGGAGCCCCUAAAUGCCGUUGCAGAAACGUUUGAGCCUUCAGAGCCGUCUGAUUGUAGUUCUCUGGGACUCGCCCCUCUGAGGUGGGACGAUAACGAGCGAAUAGAGCAAGUGGAAAGCAGCGAUGCCCGAAAACAAACCAAGAAAAGUGGACGAACCAAAAAAAAAAGGCAAGAGUCAGCAACGGCUGCCUCAAUGCCUCUAACUCCCGUCAUGGAAACAGAAACUGAAAGUGAGCCGCAACCCGAAUCCGAUCCCGAUCCCGAUCCCGAUCCAAUAACACCAAUAAAUGCUCCAUCACCAAGUCCCAGUGUCUCAGAUGAGCACCAGGCUUCUUACAUGCAACUUAUGAGCUGGCUGCGAGGCCACAGUAACAUCCAGCCAAGCUCCAAUAUGGAAGACAGCAGCGGAAGCGGGGUAGGAAAUACAGUCUCAGUUGCUAGUGAAUUACUAUUCACCAACUUGGAUGACAUUGAGUACGCUUUCUACGAAACCAAGGAAAGGGCGACACUGGGGUAUAUGCGCUUCCAGCCGCUGCAGAGUCGAAGAAAGAAACGUGCUAGGAGCGUUUCCCUGAAAUUUGUUGUUCUCUUUGGAAAAUUUGCAUUGGAUUGCACUGUCCCGGAUGUGGCGGAAGAUGAUCACCGCAUAUUAAAUAUCGGUGACAUGGUUGAGAUCGAGAAAGACACCCGUUUUGGUUUUUCAAAUUUAUUAAACGAAGUGAGUGUGCUGAUGGUUAUCCGCCAUUAGACCUUCACAUGUUACUUUUCAUGGAAAUAUAUAUUUUGUAAUGUAUAAAGUUUAUAACGCGACUGUGUUGUUGUAUAGUUCGAAAUAUACCUUGUAAUAAUGUUAUCAUGCA